AUGUUCCUCCAAAGCGUGCUGCUGGCGACCUUCGCUUUCUCAUCCUCCGCACUAGCUGCUUUCGGUAUCACAACGUCUGGCAACGACAUCGUUGUGGACGCGGGUUCAGACAAUGCUUUCAAGGUCACGGUGAAUAAGAAUUCCUGCGACAUUACCUCGAUCUUGUUCCGGGGUGAAGAGUUCCAGUAUCAGAGCACUGGUACACACAUCUCGUCUGGUCUCGGCACCGCAACGGUCUCCAGCACUAUCGUCAAUAGCCAAUAUGCGAAGAUCACUUGCACGACCUCGACUCUUACACAUUACAUUGUCAUCAGAUCGGGGGAUUCAACAAUCUGGAUGGCUACCAACACCGCUUCCGAACCGAGUGUAGGAGAGCUACGCUUUAUUGCGCGCCUUCAGCCUUCAAAGCUUCCGCUCGAAUACCCCUUCGGCUCUGUCUCCACCACCGCCGGAUCCUCUUCCACCGUCGAAGGCAGCGAUGUUUACGUAGUCAACGGGCAGACUCGCUCCAAGUUUUACUCCAGCGAGCGCUUCAUUGACGAUUACACUCACUGUGUCUACCGCGACGACGACGCAGUUCACGCGUGCAUGCUGCUGAACUCUUACUCGUACGAGCGAAGCUCUGGCGGCCCCUUCUUCCGUGAUAUUGAUUCAAACAAUGCUGGAGACUCCACCAACCUUUACUUUUAUAUGAACUCCGGCCAUGUUCAGACUGAGAACUACCGCAUGGGUUUGCACGGCCCAUAUGGUCUACAAUUCUCUCGUUCCGGCAUCCCAUCCGGAAAGACGAUGGACACCACAUUCUUCGCCGACUUGGGAAUCUCCGGAUAUGUCGCGCCUAGCGGUCGAGGCACAGUUACCGGAACUGCCACCGGUGGUACAAGCGGACUUCAGAAGGUUAUUCACUGGUACAACGCAAACGACCAAUACUGGGUCUACGCCGAUUCCUCGGGCAAGUUUACUUCGCCUCCUAUCAAGCCCGGUACCUACACUCAGGUGUUCUACCAGGGUGAGUACAAGCUCGCUUCUAGCUCUGUGACCGUCAGCGCAGGCAAAGCCACCACGGCAAACAUCAGCGGCUCGCUCCCCUCCCACACCACACUCUUCAAGAUCGGCGAAUACGAUGGUCAGCCUACAGGCUUUAGGAAUGCAGACAAGUUCCUUCGCAUGCACCCGUCCGAUUCGCGCAUGUCGUCUUGGGGUCCUCUCACCUACACUGUUGGCUCAAGCUCACUCACCGACGUACCCAUGGCACUUUUCAAGGACGUCAACACACCGCUUACUAUCAAGUUUACUCUUACGUCUGCGCAAGCCUCCGGUGCUGCUACCCUUCGCGUCGCCACCACCCUGUCUUUCGCGGGUGGCAGGCCGAGCGCUGUCAUCAACAGCUACAGUCCCGCAACGCCAGCAGCACCUACCAAAAUCGACUCCCGUGGUGUUACAAGGGGUGCUUAUCGCGGAUUCGGUGAAGUAUACGACUUCGCUAUCCCCUCUGGCAACCUGGUCAGUGGUAGCAACACUAUCACGAUCAGUGUAGCCAGUGGAAGCUCUGGAGACACUUACCUCGAGCCGAACGUUAUCUUGGACGCGAUAGAGCUGUACAGAUAA